GAAACAAAGUAUCUGAUCUUUUGUGGUGUUCGUCCGUUCUUUCCCCGCAAAGGCGAAGCCACCACGACAAUGUUUCGUAACGAUGCGUCGCGCUCUAAAAGCUCGAAGUGUAAUCGACACCAGCUCACUAGAAUUUACCAAGCGUCCAGCUCUGACUCCCCCACAGCAACGGCGUUGACAUUGGGGUCACAAUAAGCAAACUUAAGAGAGAAAACGCUUUGACAAUGAAUACUCACGCACCUAACCUAGGUUUGGUUUGUUCUCCUGUGUCUCACAUUUGUCCGCUUAGAUCUGUGCCAGCCACUCAGAUCCCAGGUCCGCGUUUUUACUCCGCGCGCGCCACCACAAAACCUCACAGUGGGCGGAGUCGAGUCCCUUCAACACUCGCUCUUCAACCUAUCUACCAACCGGUACUUGUCCCAGCAGCCAUACCGGCUUUCUGGUGCUCAGAAUUAGAUUUUCCGUCCCCUUCCACUGUAUCCUUGUCGUUCUCGACUCCAACGAGUCGAUCGCACACAAACGUUUAUUCUCGUAUUCAAAAUCCCAUCGAUCACCGUACUUCAUUCGAAACAUAUCGUAGUGGCAUUGAAUCCAUGCUUUCUGAUGUUCAGAACAGGAAGAAUGCCGCUAUGGCGGAGCAGCGGCGCGAGGUAGUGGGUCUCGAGACGCUGCAGAACGCGAAGGAGGCGUUGGAAAUGCAGCUCAGCGAUAACAAAGAGGAUCCCAGCGACGAAGAUCGCGUAGAUGGCAAAGGUUUGACCCCAUUCCGGGCUCCCACCAUGCCAUCGAAAUCGCCGACGCCGCCAAUCCGCUCUCCACGGUGUCGGGAAGGGUUGAUCUCUGUUGCAUCGAUCUCUACGGAGGCAGCAACGGAAGCAAUCGAACCAUCAUUCGUCAAAGAAUAUUUCGACGAAAAACAUGAUCCUCUCAAGCUGCGACGAAUGAAGGCGUUCGUCGUUCAGCCUGGGACCCGAAAUUUACCCCCUGCCAAUGCUAGCAAACCUCGUGAUGUGACUGGACUGCCCCUCGGCCCUUCCGCCUUCCGAAAUCCCGACCUUCCUUCCCCAGCAUUUCAUACAAAUGGUGUCGCUUCCAGCGCGAAAUCAUCUCCUUGUUCGAAAGGCCCAUGCACGAGGUCCUCCCUGAAGCGCGAGCGAGCAUUGGUGCUUCCUUCAGAUCAGUCGCCAAGUCGGAAUCCGAAUUUGGGAGGGAGUUUUGAGGGAGAUACUAAACGCCCGCUCAAGAGAGUUCGGGCCGCGCUGGAAACAGCCGGGCGACGAAUGGAACGGCCUCAUCUUCGCGACUCGGGAGAUCCCAUGUUGCAGUUGAUCCAUUGCCGCUCCAACCACAUUCAAGAGAUCUCAACGGACACCAAAUCGACCGCACGAGCCAUGGACAUAGCGCAUCCGUCAGAAUCCGUCGAUACACCCCCAUCUCUGCCACCGAGUACACUGUUACCUCACGAACCUGGGGAAGCUUCCGGUCUUAGACGGAGCGCGCGCCUUCGUGAAAAGGCUGCUAACAUCGCCACUUCAAUCCUGGUGACCACGAACCCGAUAAAUAAACGGUUGCGCUCAGCAAAUACGAGGACCGCGACCGCCACUGCAGGGCGAAAUAAGGAUAUUCAGUCUGUGCGUUCCCGAGGGGCAGUGGCGAAGAAGAAAUAGGAUCUGAACCUGUAUAUCGGAACCAUGAAUUUCAUCAGCUCGUCCGGUUGUAGUCCACGUACAUGCUGUCUGUUUAUAGUAAUAUGCCCUGUAUGACCAGCACUUUAAUCCAUCUCAAGCAGUGUAGAAAUCAUAGGAAUCGGCCGAGCCUGAGGGACAGCCCUCGAUGUUCAACCGGUUACCGUCGAC